AUGGCUUCAAAUGGCGGCAAAAAACUCCGCAAUUUCACAAACCUUUUUCUUCCCAACGCCGCCAUUCAACAAUCCCUCAUCUUAAUCCCUCCCCAUAGCCCACAAGAUUAUGCCCUAAAGUGUCGCCAGUCGCUUCUUACGACAAUGAAUUCCACGGUAUCUGAGAGUAAUUUAACCACAAUGAGCAUUCGAAGCACAGUUCUUAAGCUGUUGCAUUUGGUGGUUUCUUUGGGAAUUGUUCUGGCCAUGGAUAAGUUCCUGAAUAAGGUGUUCGUGGCUGUUGCCAUCAAAUUCCCAAGUUCUCUGUUCGGGAUGUUUUGCAUCUUCACCGUUUUGGUGGUUCUUGAUUCCACUGUCCCAGCUGCCGCCACUGGCUUGAUGAACUUCUUCCAGCCGGCCCUUCUUUUUAUUCAGAGGUGGCUGCCUUUGUUCUACGUGCCAUAUCUGGUGGUUCUGCCUCUGUCUGUCAAAGACAUUCCGGCUGCCUCGGGUCUUAAGAUCUUUUUCAUUAUAGUUGGAGGCUGGCUGGCUUCACUAUGUGUAGCAGGUUUCACAGCCAUAGCAGUGAGAAAGAUUGUAAACACUGAAAUGAUACCAGCCGAACCCAUGCCAAAGCCUUCUUCGUUUUCUUCAGUCGAGUUGUGGUCAUGGGGUGGUAUAUUCGUAAUAUCUUUUGUCUCUGCGUUGCUUUACCCGACUGCUCUUGGAACCAAUGCCAGGACAUGUUUGCCCUUUCUCCUUGCUUCUACAGUAAUAGGCUACAUGUUUGGUUCCUGGCUACCAUCAGGUGUGAAGAUGGUUUUUCAUCCCAUUAUUUUCUGCGCACUAUCAGCUGAUCUGGCGGCGUUGGCUUAUGGGAAACUUUCGCAUUUCGGACUUGAUCCAGUUCUAGGAUAUUAUCUCACAAAGUCCUCGUCGAAUCCUGGAGCUGGUGACAUUUUGGUAGAUUUUCUUGGAUCGGUUGUACUUUCGUUUGCCUUCUCAAUGUUUCAACAGAGAAAGCUGGUGAAGAGACAUGCUGCCGAGAUAUUCACUGCUGUGAUCCUGUCCACAUUUUUCUCUUUGUACUCGACUGCUCUAGCCGGCCGUCUUGUUGGUCUCGAACCAUCAUUGACUGUAUCAAUUCUACCCAGAUGCGUAACUGUGGCUCUUGCUCUCAGCAUAGUGUCUUUCUUUGAAGGUGCCAAUUCAUCUCUUACAGCAGCUGCUGUUGUGGUUACUGGACUGGUUGGGGCCAAUUUUGUUCAGAUGACCCUAGACAAAUUAGGGUUUCGUGAUCCUAUUGCUCGUGGAAUAGCAACUGCAUCAAGUGCACAUGGGUUUGGAACAGCUGCUUUAUCAGCAAAGGAACCUGAGGCUCUUCCCUUUUGUGCAAUUGCAUAUGCACUGACUGGGAUUUUUGCUUCUGUCAUCUGCUCUGUUCCACCUGUUAGGCAAAGCUUGCUAGCUGUAAUAGGCUAACAAUCACCUAUUUGCAGACAAAGCGAAGGUUAAAAACGGCUAAUGUUGAUUUUUCUCUGCAUUGAUCACAAGCCGAUGUUCCUUCAGAAAUUCUGGUCCAUAUUCGUUACAAUUAUCUUUUUGUAUCUUAGUCGUUUAACUGCUGCUUAUAUGUAUAGUCUUUUGCAAUUAUAUCUCAUGGCCCUGUAAAAUAUGAAUGGCCUGAGGCAGAUCAUGACUUGUUAGUAUUUGGCAGCAUAUCCAGUUGUAAUUGUGGUUCAUUCAAUUUGGUGCUAUUUUAGUUUAAGUUAUUUGUGUUCAGUUCACCACAUCAAAGCACUUUAAGGUUGAACUCCUUGGGGAUUAACUUUUCUGUAUUCUUUUUGUUUGUUUUCUUUUUUAAAAAAGAAAAAGUAAUAAGAACUAAUACUUGCA